AUGAUAAACUCUUUACCUACAUCACUUGAUAAUCGUGACAUAGGUCCACAAUUAGUGAGAAGGCAAAGAAGUGGUCCUUUAAUUGUUCUUAAGGUUGGUACUUCAACAUUAACUAACAAUAGAACAGGGAAGUUGUCAGUAUCUAAUAUUGGAGCUUUAGUAGACACUGUAUGUGAUCUAAUGGACAAAGGUUGCAGGGUAGUCCUUGUAUCUUCUGGAGCUGUUGGGGCAGGACUACUUCAUAUGAAUAUUCGAGAGAAGCCAAGCAAACUUCAUUUAAAACAUGCAGUGGCUGCUAUUGGUCAACCUUUAUUAAUGAGAGUUUAUGAAGACUUCUUUUCUAUGAGAGGAGCUAAGGUUGCACAACUUCUUAUGACUCGUUCAGAUUUUGUAAAUAAAGAUAGUUACAUUGAUUUUAAAAAUACUCUUUUAGAUCUUAUACAUUGGAAUGUUGUGCCUAUAAUUAAUGAAAAUGAUGCCGUUACAUCCAAAACUUUGUAUUUUGGAGAUAAUGAUACAUUAGCUGCUUAUUGUGCAAUUGCAAUAUCAGCAGAUUGGCUAAUUUUAGCAACAGAUGUUGAUGCACUAUAUACAAAAAAUCCACGCCUUCAUCCAGAUGCUACCCCUAUAUUAAAGGUUAAUAAUAUUGAUGCUAUAAUUCACAUGGCUAAUGACAAUUCUGCUGAAAACAAUGGAAGUGAUUUAGGAACUGGAGGGAUGAGAACGAAGAUUAUAGCUGCUAGAGUUGCAGCAGCAGCAGGAAUAUCGACAUUUUUAGUAAACGGAGCAUAUCCCUGCAGAUUAUUACAACUUGUAGAAUCUGAAGAUUUCAUUAAAUUAUUGGAACCUGUUCAAAUGACUAGAUCUCUUUCUGGAUCAAAUUUAGCUCAAAGUACUGAAGGCGAAGCAACAAACAAGAUUCUCAAUGAAGGUUUGUAUAACCAUAUAACUCUUAACUCAUCUGCAUUAGCAGCAUCAUCUAUAGAAUCAGUAGCAACUUACAACGCUGACUCAAAUUUCUGCAAUGAUAUUGUUACUUGCUCACCAGAUGAGUUGCAUCAUGGACAAUAUAUCGGUACUAUUUUUGUCCGUCAAAUUUUAAUGCAAACAAUGAGAAAUCAAAGAAGGUGGAUAAUGAGUUUACCAGUUCACGGAAAGUUAUACUUGGAUGAAGGAGCUGUAAAGUCAGUAGUGAAAGAUUUAACUUCCUUAUUUUGUGCGGGUGUAAAAAGAAUAGAUGGUCACUUUGUAAUAGGAGAUGCUGUUUCCCUUAUAAGUGAUGAUGAUCCAGAUGAAAAAGAACUUGCUAGAUGUAUAACCAAUAUAGAUUCAUCUGUUUUAAAGGAGGUUUUAGGCAAAAGAACAUCAGAAGUUCAAAGUAUGUUGGGUAAUAGAAUUCAGGGUAAAGUAGCUGAUAGAGCUAAUAUAAUAAUCACCAUAAAACGUCCUAGUUAA